CAGGCGGCACGGGCUGCUCGAAAAUUCUCUGUUCAUUAGACCACAUAUUUAAUUGCUUGCUGGGGUUUGUGGUGCACAGAGGCAAAGGAAUAGUAAAACCUGUUUAUUGAAAUCGAUACAGAUGAGUUUACUGAAUGGACAGAUGACUGUCACUUUGAUGCAGCAUGUCAGAGUCUUAUAGUGUGACAGCUAUGAGGCAUAAUCAGAUCUGCUGUGAAACCCCACCUUCUGUCAUUGUUCACAUGAAACCAAGUGUAUCUAGAUCAAACCAGAGAAAGAAAAUAAUAUCUCUGAAAAGGUCCAUUUCUCAGAAGAGCCAGGAAGUGAAAUAUGACAAAACACAUACCACUUCCAAGUCUAGACGUGGGAAUGGCCCAUGUCUAGUUAUACAGAGGCAAGAAAUGACUGUUUUCUUCAAAAUGUUUGAUGAUGAUGUAAUCCAAGAUUUCUUGUGGAUGGACUGCUGUUGCAAAAUUUCAGAUAAGUAUCUUUUGGCAAUGACUUUUGUUUACUUCAAGAGGGCUGGAUUCAGUUUAAGUGAACACACCAGGAUGAAUUUCUUCAUUGCUCUAUAUCUGGCAAAUACUAUGGAAGAAGAUGAAGAAGAAUCUAAGUAUGAAAUUUUUCCCUGGGCCUUGGGAAAGAACUGGAGGAAAUUGUUUCCUGACUUCUUAAGACAAAGAGAUCAGCUUUGGGCUAGAAUUAAUUACAGAGCUGCUGUAAGCAGACGAUGUUGUGAAGAGGUAAUGGCUAUUGCACCAAUGCAUUACAUAUGGCAGCGAGAAAGACCCCUACAUCACAGUGGAGCAAUAAGGAACUAUGCCAAAGAGGAAAUGCAGUUCCCAAGGGGUCCUAGUGCCAGUCCUAUAAGCUGCUCACUAUGUGGUAAGCAAGGACAUUUGUUGGGUCUGUCCUCUUCCUCUUCAUCAGAUGAUACAUUGGAAAUUGAUAUGUCUUCAUCAGUCAAAGCAACAGUUGUUGAGCCAUCAUACUCUUGCUUCUGUGAUGGAUACACUCAAAUAAACCAAGGGAACACUGUCGCUUCAAAAGACAACUCAAUGGCAUGGUUUACAGGACAUGAAGAAUAAAAUACAGCCAAGUAUCAUUU